ACAUUACAACGACGUCGAGGGCGCGAUUAAAUAUCUCAACAUACAGUAAUCAUGGCGGCCACAAAGAGAUUAGGGAAGGAGCUGGAGGAGAUCAAAAAAAGUAAUGUAGCAUGUCUUAAAGAAGUAAUAGUAAAUGAUACAAACAUUCUAAAAUGGGAACUUACUAUAGCACCGAAGGAUCCUCCAUUUUCCAAAGCCAUGUUCAAGAUUGAUAUGAAUUACCCUGCAGAGUACCCCUUCAAGCCUCCUAAGUUAACGUUUGUCACAAAGAUUUAUCAUCCAAACAUUGAUGAGAAGGGUCAAGUAUGUCUGCCUAUUAUCUCCCCUGAGAACUGGAAACCAGCCACCAAAACAAUCCAAGUGAUCCAAGCCCUUCUGGCUUUGGUCCAUGAUCCAGAACCUGAACAUCCGUUAAGAGGAGACCUAGCUGAGGAAUAUACCAAGGACAAGAAGAAAUUUUUCAAAAAUGCAGAAGAAUUCAGUAGAAAACAUGGCAUACCACACUAAUGUCAGUCCAUCCUCCAUCCCUUUCUCCUGCCUCUUAAUCCCCUCCAUCACUGUCCCUCAAACCCAUAAUGAGCAUAUGUUCCAAAUAUUUGGUUUCAGAGAAUAGAUAGUUGCCCUUUUAUUUCAUGCAAAUUAUUUGUCAUGUGGAAAAUGAAUUGUUAUGAUUAUCACUGUGAUGUACAUGGUAUCCUUUUUUUCUUGAUCAUGUAACAUUAGGGUUGUAUUAUUAUAUGAUUUAUGCCCAGUGGCCUACUGAUUUUAAGAAGAAAAGAAUAUUAGUUUUAUUUAAAUACUAAAGAGGAGGCCUGAUCUAGUUCUGGUUGAGAAUUAUUUAGUUAAAAACAAUUCCUUCCUAAAACUGUCCAUACAUUACCUAAUAUUUCACAUUUGACCCAUAUUGAUUGAAAAUUUAUCUUUACCCUGAAAUACUAAGUUGUCAGUCUAAGAAUGAUUUGUUUUCAGUACACCUACAACAUCAACUACACGUCAGGGACGGUAUUGUUAAUUCAUAAAUCUUGUACUGAUGCAAUUAGGUACACUAAAAUCUCAUUUUUAAGCGAGACAUACAUGUAGGCGCCUUUUUCUGAUGCUGUGUCAUCAACAUUGAUAUCUUAACUAUGGUUAAGCUUUUGAAAUGUCAUAACUUUAAAAUUAUGUGGAUCUAUUUUAUAAGGACAUAGGGUAAUCAAGUGUCACUGAUCAGCUUGUAUUAGUUAAGGUCACAUGAUUAAGGUCAAAGCUCAUUUAGGGUCAAUAAACUUUGACCAUGUUGUAUCAACAAUGAAAUCUUAAUAAAGGUUAAGAUUUGAAAUGUCAUAAACUUUGAAAGUAUGAACCAUUUCAUUAAGCUUGCAUAUAAGGGUUAUCAUUUUAGAAAAAAGGUGAAUGAAAUUUUGGGUCACUAGGUAAAGAUCAAAGGUAAUUUGGGAGUCAAUAAGCUGAUCAAAGUUAGAGGUUUGAAUUUUCAGGAUAAUAUUGAAAUCAUAAGUCUAUUAUGUUAAACUUCGAUGUAAUGAAUAGAUAUCCAAAAUCAGAUUAGUAUAAUAUCGGGUUACAUGGUCAAGGUCAAAUGUUAUUUCAGAUCAUCUUACAUUGCCAUUCUCAGUUGACUUUUUCCUGUGAAUCAAAUGUUAAACCUGAGGGAAAUUACAUUCACAAAGAGAGAAAAUGACUGUCAUCUCACAUACAGUAGCACCUGACAGAAGAUCGGAGGGGUGUGCAAUUGUGUGUAAAUAAUUACUCUUCUGUCCAUCCGAUCUUUUGUUACAAGAUUUCCUGUACCGCUGAUCAUGUUUGCAUACCCUUAUUGUAAAUUUAUUACCGAUACAUAUUUGGCAUUUUGAAAUAUUUCAGAAUUUUCGGAAAAGAAUCUUCUCUAUGUAUUUCUAUUUCACAGCCAAAUUAAACAACAUUAGACAUUGGGAGAACAUGUCAUUAAAUGUGAUUAUUUUGUUGGCAAUAUUUUUGAAGAUUCCAUAAAGUUAGACAAACCCUUGGCCCUUUUUCAAUAUGAGAUUUUGUAUGGAAUGGGAAUUGUAUUGCCAUUUAUUUACCUUUGGAGACUAAAUGAUUUCGACACCAGCUCACAUGUAUGCGGCCUAUAUCCCUAACAGGGUAAAUGACUUUUCCUUAAUUUAAUCAGAUUAUAUAUGUAUAUAUCUCAUUCAAAUAAUUUUUUCUAAUGUUCCACUGAAGUAAAAGAGAUAUAUCUGAUUUGGUUAAGGUGGUGGUCAUCUCUUUGAAUGAAACGAAUUACCAGUCAGUCUAGUUUUAUUGAACAACUGGAAGUCUCAACUUAUUACAACCAUUUCCAGUUGAUUCCAAUUGGUUGUUUAAGGUGACUGUCCCCUUUGUAUUGGUUGAUCAAGAGUAAAACUAUCAACUGAUAGAGUCCAUAUUCAAGUAAAAUCCACUGAUUUGUGUUUUCUGAAAACAUAAAUUUAUGUGGUCUAUAAGAACACAAUUGUAAAUAGAGAAGAUUUUAGCAAGACCUAAGUUUGGUGUAUACACACGCUGUAGUAUGCAGAUAAAGGUUGUUGGACACCACACUGUGAAAGGCUUAAUAGAUCUACAGAUGUUCUGUUGAUGGACAGUUUUACUAUGUUGGAUUAGCUUUGAUUUUCAUGAUUUUCACUUUGACUUUAUUCAAAUCUUUCGGCCUAAAAAUCGUGUUUCUAUGAAUUCUACUUUAUUGAAUUCUGCAUUAUUCUUUGUUUUUUAUAUCACAGAAAACUGGAUGAUUAUAUUGAAAAUAAGUAAAUUUUGAUGAUGCAGAUGGUGAUUACUUUGCAGCUGUAAUCUAAAAGGGUUAAUGGAAUGAGACAGAUCUGGGAAUGUAUUAUCGAUAAAGACCAUUGCCAUAUUUUACCAAGUUAAAACUUAAUACGGUGUAAAAGUUCUUGCUCUGUAAAUGAAGAAGGGAGUUCAAUUUAGUGCAGUCAGCAAUUAUUCAUAAAUUAUGUAAAACACAGCUAUUGAUGAGAGGGAAUCAUCGUGAAAGUACAUGAAGUUGCUUUUUAAGCAGAAUUUUCAGCAUUUACCCUGUAUGAUACUCUCACUACUAGCAUAUAGGGAUCAUGCAGCUCACAUGUUGCAAAUGAUCUAAUCCCUCAAAUGGAUUCAGUAUAUAAACCCGUUGACCACUGGAUUCUGUAAUUCCCAUAGGCUUUGUACCACCUGUAGGCAAUGGCUUAACCCAUUAGAGACUGAUUGAUUUCGCUAUGACAUGUGCUUGUCAUAAAUUCCAGCCCACAUAUAUGCGAGUUCAGUAUCCAAUGGGUUAAACGUAACCAUAUCUCCUCAAUUCAUGUAGUUUUCUCCUUUUGAGUAUUAUAAUUGUUGAUUCAUAUCAGCAUUUGCCAUUAUUUGUGUACAUGUAUUAUAGUUUCAUAACAUUGGAUUUCAUUUGUAAUAAGGAGAGCAAGAAAGCUAGUAAUAAUUAUCAUGUAUUAUUAUGUAUAAAAGAGUUUGCAAUACUGUUUAUUGUAGUGAUUUGUAGAUGCAACAAAGUGAGAUUUUGAUAGUGUAUUGCAACAAAAUGUUCAUAACAUUGCAUUUUUAUGUUAGCAUUUGAUCUCUCAGCAAUUCUUUUUUUCAUCAAUUGACCCUGAUUGGUCAUUUAUACCUCUAUAUUUCCUUUAUCACAUUUAGCUAACUUUUUUCAUGAUUUUAUUAAAGCUUAAGAAAUGUUGCAUUGAUUUGAAACAUUCAAUGAAGCUACUACAUGGUCCACAUAAAAUUAAUACUUAGAAUAUACUUUAUACCAAUGCAAUUCAAUUUUUCAGAUUGAAAAAACACCUUUCCUGUUCAUUUGAAUCAAAUAAUAAGUUACUUGUCUCUUAUGCAAUUUUCUCUGUAUUUUCAACUGUUGUCUACAUUUGUUCAUCUUAAGAGACAUGGUGUUGUGCUAGUUGUUACAUUCUUUAGAGUAACUGUCACUAGACCACUUCAUUCAGAUGAAGGAGGUUGCCACUGUUAAACGGUUUCAGGGAAAAUGACAUUGUUGAUUUUUUCCUCAACUUGAUACCUGAUAAUACACAUGUCUACAGUAGGGAAAUACAAGAUAUUUUCCAACCAAAAAUUUUCUUUUCCAUUUCUCUAUACAUGUAUGUUCUAAUGUUUACAACAUUUCUCAUAUUUUGUUGCCUUCAUCAAUUUCAAACUAGUUUCAUUGAGUAUGUUUAUCCUUGAGUACCAUACCAUAAUCUACUUGGACACUGUUUUGUAUGGUGCCUAAUUUUGUAGUUGAUUCUAGAAAUCUUUGUAGGUCUGACUUCAUUUUUAAAUCCCAUUGAAAUGUGUGUUGUAGAAUGAAGAAUUGGAAGCUUUCCAUGUGACUGAACACUUGUGAUGGUCUUGUGAAAAUCCUGUCUGUCUUGCUGACUGGCUUUUCUAGACAGAAUACUUCUGUCGUAUUUUUUUUUUCAUUUUUUUUUAUAAAGGAAUUUUGAUUUGUGAAAUAGGAAAAUCAUGCAUGUAGAGAUACUAGCAAAGCAGGACAUCAUGACAUACAUUUAGCAGUCAGAAUGGUCUUUAAAAAAUAUAUGUAUUUUUUCUACAAAUAUGUUUCAGUGUUGAAGACAUUACUGGGCCUGACAGUGUACCAAUGACCAAUAAAUAGUGUCCUCUCGCUUUCUCCCUUUCCAGUUGUAAAACACCAAGUCAAGUAUGGUAAAACUUUUGUAGUCUGUUGUUGAGGAAGAAUCAUGCAUAAAGAAUAAAUGAUCAUCUUUCUAGUACAUGUUUUAAUACAGUUACUAGUUAUGUGAUUAAAUAAUGCCAUUUAUAUUCUGUUAAAAGUCCAAAAUAUCUUGGUAACUUAAACCUGCUCUUUUAAUUGUAGUUAAGCUUAUCUUUCACUUAAUUAUUCUUUUUACUAAUAUACCCAGAGUUUAUCACUGUAGUGAAUCUUUAAUGUGUACUAACAUUUAGAAAGAAUGGCUUUUCUACAUGUUAUGUUUGUAGUUAGGUUGCGUUCUAUAGGUUUGUCUGUCUACUUUAUACCUUACAAAUCUGGGGGGUGUUUCACAAAAAUUUAAGCAUGACUUCAGUCGUACUUAAAUGCCAACGCGUACAUGAUAUGCAACGCGCGAUCUUAUUGAUAGAUACGCAUUAGUGCGCGUCCUCAUGACACGAUCUGACCAAUACGGUCAAGCCUUUCAUACCGUACGCAACUCAGUAUUUAAGUGCGACUCUAAGUCAUACUUAAAUCUUUGUGAAACACCCCCCUGUUCUAAUUAAGCAAAACUUUGCUCAUCAGAAGUGAGAAAUGCAUGAUUUGCAUAAUCUGAUACCUGUAGCACAAAGCUUAGCAAUCACAGUAGAAGAAUAUCUUUAUGACUGAUUGCAUUGACUACACUGUACAAUCAGUCAUGAAAAUAAAGCGUAAGUUUAAUCGCUAACCUUUGUGUUACAGAAUCCUGGUGUGAAAAUUGCUUUGACUUAUUAAAGUGAUUAUAUGGCUUACGUGAAUGGUUGACUUAGGCAGACUUAACUGUACCAAGAACUUGGGUUUUUAUUUCAAAUUUAUAUGUCAGAUGGGGGUCAGUGUUAUAUAUGUCAUUUCAUAUAAGAUAAUGGGUAAUAUUUCAUUGUAUGUAAAUCUGAUAUGUAAUGAUUUGAGUAAAGGUUGUGUGAUAAAACAAAUAUAUGUGUUAAGGUAAAUUUA